GCACAAUGCCUAUCGUCACGGCAGCCACCGGUCUCCGACAGACCCUCGCAGACCCCCAAUCCUGCAUUGUCGCCCCCGGGGUGUAUGACGGGCUGUCCGCUCGAAUUGCCCUCUCCGUAGGCUUCGAUGCUCUCUACAUGGUAAGCCAACUACCUUGACAUCACUACCCGUAUGCUAAUGAUGUCUCCACAGACAGGUGCCGGCACAGCCGCUUCCGUCCACGGCCAGGCAGACCUAGGCAUCUGCACGCUCAACGACAUGCGCGCCAACGCGGAGAUGCUCUCGAACCUCUCGCCGAAAACCCCCGUCAUCGCUGACGCCGACACGGGCUACGGCGGACCCAUCAUGGUGGCGCGCACGACGGAGCAGUACUCGCGCUCGGGCGUCGCCGCCUUCCACAUCGAGGACCAAGUGCAGACGAAGCGCUGCGGUCACCUGGGCGGCAAGAUCCUCGUCGACCGAGACACCUACGUGACGCGGAUCCGGGCGGCCGUGCAGGCGCGCCAGCGCAUGGGCAGCGACAUCGUGGUGAUCGCGCGCACCGACGCCCUCCAGGUGCACGGGUACGAGGAGAGCAUGGCGCGGCUGCGGGCGGCGCGCGACGCCGGCGCGGACGUGGGUUUCCUCGAGGGCAUCACGUCCAAGGAUAUGGCGCGGCAGGCGGUUCAGGAGCUGGCGCCGUGGCCGAUGCUCUUGAAUAUGGUCGAGCACGGGGCGACGCCGUCGAUCUCGGCGGCCGAGGCCAAGGAGAUGGGAUUCCGCAUGAUCAUCUUUCCCUUUGCGGCGCUGGGACCGGCGUGCGAGGCUAUCCGCGAGGCGAUGCUGAAGCUGAAGCGAGACGGCAUCCCCGGGUUGCAGCCGGAAAUGACGCCGCAGAUGCUGUUCCGGGUGUGCGGGCUGGACGAGAGCGUUCAAGUGGAUGCAGACGCCGGAGGAGAAGCGUUCGAGGGGGGAGUGGAUCUGAAGUGAAGUCAGCAGGGUAUGGGUGUAGAUAUUGGUCUGUCAUGUUGAUAUCUGAGG